AUGGCUGAAACCGCUACUGAAGUUGCUGCUGCUGCUCCUGCUGCUGCCACUCCGGCCAAGGCUCCGAAGAAGGCUAAGGUUGCUAAGAAACCGAAACAGCCUGCGGCCCAUCCACCAGUGAAUGAUAUGGUUCUGGCUACCAUCAAGACCCUGAAGGAACGCAACGGAUCCUCGCUGCAGGCCAUCAAAAAGUACAUCGCUGCCAACUACAAGUGUGAUGUUACCAAGCUGUCCACAUUCAUCAAGAAAGCCUUGAAAUCGGGCGUCGAGAAGGGAAAGUUUACUCAAACUAAGGGAACCGGUGCUUCCGGUUCGUUCAAGAUUAAGGCUGACGCUAAGAAACCGGCUGGCGAGAAGAAGCCAAAGAAGGCUACUGCUGCCACCAAAAAACCAAAGAAGGCUGCCGGAGAGAAGAAAAAGGUCGCCAAGAAACCAGCUGGCGAGAAGAAGCCAAAGGCCUCCAACAAACCAGCUGGUGCUGCUUCCGCUAAAAAAUCCGCAACGAAGAAAGCCAAGGCAGCCCCAGCAAAGGCUGUAAAGAAAGCAGCUGCUCCCAAACAAAAGGCCACCAAACCAUCAAAGGCCGCAGCCAACAAGCCCAAGACCCCGAAGCCAAAGAAGUCCGCACCAGCCACGAAAGCUGCCCCAAAGAAGGUCGCCGCCAAGAAGUAA